UGAGCCACUCCUGCGCCUCCCUGGCCUUGUCUACCUCUCGCCCCCCGAGGGGUUAGUGUCGAGCUCACCCCAGCAUCCUACCACCUCCUGGUGGCCUUGCCGCCCCCACAACCCCGAGGUAUAAAGGCAGGUACACGAGGCAGGGGACGCAUCAAGGAUGGAGAUGCUCCAGGGGCUGCUGCUGUUGCUGCUGCUGAGCAUGGGCGGGGCAUGGGCAUCCAGUGAGCCGCUUCGGCCACGGUGCCACCCCGUCAAUGCCACCCUGCCGAUCGAGAAGGAAGGCUGCUCCGUGUGCGUCACCGUCAACACCACCAUCUGUGCCGGCUACUGCGCCACCAAGACGAGGGUGCUGCAGUCGGUCCUGCCGCCCCUGCCUCAGGUGGUGUGCAACUACCGCGAUGUGCGCUUCGAGUCCAUCCGGCUCUCUGGCUGCCGGCGCGGCGUGAACCCCGUGGUCUCCUACGCCGUGGCUCUCAGCUGUCAAUGUGGACUCUGCCGCCGCAGCACCACUGACUGCGGGGGUCCCAAGGACCACCCCUGGACCUGUGACGACCCCCGCUUCCAGGCCUCCUCUUCCUCAAAGGCCCCUCCCCCCAGCCUUCCGAGUCCAUCCCGACUUCCGGAGCCCGCAGACGCCCGGAUCCGCCCAUAAUUAAAGCUUCUCA